ACAGAUAAGAAAUCUUGAGAUGACAAUAAAAACCUCUGGGGGUUUGAUAAAACCCCAAAGCACUUAUAAAGGUUGGAUUUGGUGUGAACGUGUCAGAUUCUCACCAUGGACAGGACGCAGUUUCUCUUCAUCCUGCUGGGAAUGGGUCUUCCCACACUGGUCUUGGGAGAACAAGGAGGCUGUCCUGCACCUUUUGACAACAUUGGGGGACACUGCAUCUUUGUCGACAGCAUUAUUGCCGGAACCUGGUAUGAAAUGAGAGCACACUGCUUGAACAUGGGCUCGACCAUGGUGAACCUCGGUGAUGCUAAUUUGUUCCACGAUGUUGUGGCUUAUAUAAAUGCGAAUGACCUGACUAAUGCCAACUAUUGGAUAGGUGCCCAAGACGAGGGGCACGAGGCACAAUGGCGUUGGGAGGACGGCAGCAACGUGAAGAUGGGCACCCCCUACUGGGGGUAUGUGAGAAACAACUACCAGAUGCCCGAGGGGUCGACAGGUCAAAACUGUGCCCUCUUAGAUGCGUCGAAUUACUUCUACUUUAACGACGUGUCUUGCGACGCUGUCCGCAAUGUCAUUUGUCAGUUCGACUGAUUUGUCAUGUAAAGUUUUUCUUACUCUGUAAGUUGUCGAGAUUCUCCAGAUCCGUCGACACCGACAGAAUAAAUGGCGCCAAAGAG